ACAUAAUAAAGUGCAAAACAAUAACCAUAAAAGUAACAAUGGACCGAAGGCACAAACGUGUGGACCGUGAGAGCGGCUGUAGGCCACGUGACGACACGUGAACACGACGACAACAAAAGCUGGACAAUUAGGUGCUGAAAAACUAGAACUUCUAUAGGUGUGCUUAUUAGGGGUAACGCAGAACAGGUCAGAGUGAUCAGUGGGACAUGUGACAUGCUGAGGCUGAUGGGUAAUAUAAUUCAGUGUGGAUUUCGGCAUAAUCGUGACACACUGCUGCUUGGUUGAAAAAUUUAAAUGGUCUCAGAGUCUUAAAAUAAGGGGAACCUUGUUCCUCCGCUGGGAUUUUAUUCAAACCGUCGCAGAAGCUUGUUUCUGGUUAAAUCUUGCUCGAUAUUAUCUGGAAUAUCUUAUUAAGACAAAGUUGGAUAGGAUUUCUCAAAACGAGAUUACUUUUCUAAUGCGAAACAUGCUUGAUAAGGUUAUUUUUCCUUUUGCGCUUUUUUUUUCUUUUUUUUUUUUUACUUUAUUGAAAUUCCUCUUUUGCAGUGUGCUGUUACUGGGAAAAACAACUACUCCACCACUGAUUAUUUCCCUAUAUCAGCAUCACACAGUGUUGUAUACCUUUAACAGACCUCUAGCUAUACAGUGUAUUACCAAUAAAUCUGUGGUUUAUAUUAUUAUUAUAGAAUAUAAUCUUAAUAUUGCGUAUUUAAACUAGUGCACGGCCAUUUUGAAUGUUAAAACGUAACUUUUCAGUGCGUUAUGGGACUCGCUCGGGACCCAGACUACACUUUCUGAAGACCUGAAAAUGAUAGACGACGUGUUAGAAAGGAUUUUAUGUGUUCUAGCUAGAUAUACCAGCAGUGCAUGUUGGCUCAUAUAUCGGAUUGGAUUGGAUUGGAAAGAUCGGAAUUGGAUUUGGAAAAGAAAUUCCUUUUUGGAAUUGGAAAUAGUCACAAAUAAACAGACUUGACUGUUGAUUUGAUUUGAUUAUAUUUAUGCUUUAUGAUUUAUUUAUUUACUGUUUAUGGUGUUUGUUGUGGUGUUUCUGGUGUUUGUUGUGUUGUUUGUGGUGCUGUUUAUGGUGUUUGUUGUGUUGUUUAUGGUGUUUGUUGUGGUGUUUAUAGUGUUUGUUGUGGUGUUUAUAGUGUUUGUGGUGUUUGUUGUGUUGUUUAUGGUGUUGUGUUGUUUAUGGUGUUUGUUGUGGUGUUUAUGGUGUUUCUGGUGUUUGUUGUGUUGUUUAUGGUGUUUGUGGUGUUGUUUAUGGGGUUGGGGUUAGGGUGUUGUAGUGUUUAUGGUGUAUGUUGUGUUUCUGGUGUUGUUUAUGGUGUUUCUGGUGUUUGUUGUGUUGUUUAUGGUGUUUGUGGUGUUGUUUAUGGGGUUGGGGUUAGGGUGUUGUAGUGUUUAUGGUGUAUGUUGUGUUUCUGGUGUUGUUUAUGGUGUUUGUGGUGGUGUUUAUGGUAUUUGUUGUGGUGUUUAUAGUGUUUGUGGUGUUUGUUGUGUUGUUUAUGGUGUUUGUUGUGUUGUUUAUGGUGUUUGUUGUGGUGUUUAUGGUGUUUGUGGUGUUUGUUGUGUUGUUUAUGGUGUUUGUGGUGUUGUUUAUGGGGUUAGGGUUAGGGUGUUGUAGUGUUUAUGGUGUAUGUUGUGUUUCUGGUGUUGUUUAUGGUGUUUGUGGUGGUGUUUAUGGUAUCUGUUGUGGUGUUUAUAGUGUUUGUGGUGUUCUUUAUGGUGUCUGUGGAAAAAAAAAACCGUCAUGGAGGCUUUUCUGGAACGAGUGCAAGAGAGAGCUCGAGUCGGUAGAAGAACGUUUGCCUGGUUUUGAUCCAAACUGCGUUAUACAGUUAUAAUAAUGGAUGCCUUUGGGUUUGAUAAUAGUGUUAAUUGUAGCUUCUACUUUGUUUUGAGCAUUAAAUCUUGGGGGAACAAAUAUGACAAACUGAGUCAAGCAGGAUAACGAGAAAGAGAGAGAACGACAGAUGGAACGGGAACCAGAGAGAGAGAGAAAGAGAGGGAACGACAGAGGCAGCGGGAACGAGAGAGAAGUGGGAACGACAGAGAGAGGGAGAGAGAGAAUGACAGAGAACGAGUGAGAGAGAGAAUGACAGAAGGAGCGGGAACGAGUGAGAGAGGGAAUGAGGGAGAGAGAGGGAACGAGAGAGAGAGAACAAGAGAGAGAGAACAACAGAGAAAGAGAGAGAAUGACAGAGGGAGCAGGAACGAGCGAGAGAGGGAAUGACAGAGAGAGGGUUCGAUAGAGAGGACGACAGAGAUAGAGAGAGAGGGAGAGUGAGAACAAAAGAGAGAGAACAAGAGAGAGAGAACAAGAGAGAGAGAGAGAGAACGACAGAGAGAAAGAGAGAGAAUGACAGAGGGAGCGGGAACGAGCGAGAGAGGGAAUGACAGAGAGGGAUCGAUAGAGAGAACGACAGAGAUAGGGAGAGAGAGAACGACAGAGAUAGGGAGAGAGAGAGUGAGAGAGGGAAUGACAGAGAGAGAGAACGACAGAGAUAGGGAGAGAGAGAGAGUGAGAGAGGGAAUGACAGAGAGAGGAAUCGAUAGAGAGAACGACAGAGAUAGGGAGAGAGAGAGAAUGAAAGAGAGAGAACAAGAGAGAGAGAACGACAGAGGGAGUUGGGAUGUGUGAGAGAGAGAACGCUAGAGAGAGAACGACAGGGAGAGGGAGAGAACGAGAGAGAACACAUCACCAUCUCAUUAAUAGACCUGCUCUGAUAAGAGACACGGUUAUAAAAUGUCCUCUUUUUCUGGUUUAUUAUUAACCACAUGGAGAGUGGAAACACAGUAAUAAUGUUCUGAUCGCGAUCACGCCUGAGCGGAUUAACAUUUUAUUUUUAAGGCACAGCAGAACACUGGGACGAUCCAUUUCUCUUGUCGUUCUUGUGCACUUGUGGAGGAUCUGGUGAAGGAAGACUCGCCUGGAGACGCUGUGAACUCGAUGUGCAUGCUGCCGGAUGCGUAGGAAGAAAGAUGGGCUCUGUGCUGUCACUGUGUGGUGUGAAGAGUAAGAAACAAAACGUACAGGUGGAGAGGCACUUACGAGCAAACGACAGAGAAUUUAAUCUCUCCUUCGGAUAUGCUAACAACGCCAUCAAAACCUCUAAAUACAACAUCUUCACCUUCUUGCCGCUCAACCUGUUCGAGCAGUUCCAGCGUCUGGCCAACGCCUACUUCGUCUUCCUGCUCAUCCUACAGUUGAUCCCGGCGAUCUCGUCUCUGUCAUGGUUCACUACAGUGGUGCCGCUGCUCCUGGUGCUUUGCAUCACACUGGCCAAAGACGGUUCAGACGACAUCAACAGACACAGAAAUGACAGACAGGUGAACAAUCGCAAGGUCGACGUCCUCAUCGAUGGACAACUGAGGACUGAAAAAUGGAUGAAUGUUCAAGUGGGCGACAUCAUUAAGCUGGAGAACAACCAGUUUGUCACUGCCGAUCUGCUCUUACUGUCCAGCAGCGAGCCUCUGAACCUCAUCUACAUCGAGACGGCUGAACUGGACGGUGAGACCAAUCUGAAGGUGAAACAGGCUCUGACAGUCACAGGAGAUAUGGGAGAUAACAUUGACAUUCUGGCAGCUUUUAAUGGUGAGGUGCGCUGCGAGGCUCCCAACAACCGUUUGGAUAAGUUUACAGGAACGUUGACUGUGCGAGGGGAAACGUUCUCUCUGGAUAACGAGAGGAUUCUGCUCCGAGGCUGCACCCUGCGCAACACAGACUGGUGUUUCGGCCUUGUGCUGUUCGGAGGUCCUGACACCAAGCUGAUGCAGAACUCUGGGAAAUCGGUAUUCAAGCGUACGAGCAUCGAUCACCUGAUGAACGUCCUGGUUCUGUUUAUUUUCGGCCUCUUGGGGUUUAUGUGCACCGCUCUGGCUAUCGGGAACUCGAUUUGGGAGCAUCAGGAGGGCACUUCGUUUAUAGCCUUCCUCCCUCGGCAGGACGGCGCUGACGCCAACUUGUCCAGUUUCCUGUCCUUCUGGUCCUACGUCAUCAUCCUUAACACAGUGGUGCCCAUUUCACUCUAUGUAAGCGUGGAGAUCCUGCGACUUGGAAACAGCUACUACAUUGACUGGGACAGGAAGAUGUACCAUGCUAAGAGCGAUACUCCCGCCCAGGCCAGAACCACAACGCUAAAUGAAGAGCUGGGCCAAAUCAAAUACAUCUUCUCCGACAAGACCGGCACCUUAACCCAGAACAUCAUGACCUUCAAUCGGUGCUCCAUCAAUGGGAAGUCGUACGGUGAAGUUGUGGAUUUUGCUGGACAGAGGGUAGAGAUCACUGAGAAAACUGAAAGCGUGGACUUUUCGUGGAACUCACUGGCUGACCCAAAGUUCUCUUUCUACGAUCAUGCCCUUGUGGAGGCGGUGAAGAUGGGGGCUCCUCAGGUUCAGGCUUUCUUCAGACUACUUGCACUGUGCCACACUGUCAUGCCUGAGGAGAAGACAGAAGGUCAGCUGUUCUACCAGGCUCAGUCUCCUGAUGAAGGAGCUCUGGUCACUGCGGCGAGGAACUUUGGCUACGUGUUUCGCACUCGCACCCCCGAGACCAUCUCCGUGGUGGAGAUGGGGAUCCACACCACGUACGACCUGCUGGCCGUGCUGGACUUCAACAACGUCCGCAAGAGGAUGUCUGUAAUUGUGCGGAGUCCAGACGGCAGGCUCACUCUGUACUGUAAGGGGGCAGACACAAUCAUCUAUGAGAGGCUUCAUCAGUCCUGCUCCAAACUAAUGGAGGCCACCACCGAGCACCUCAAUGAGUUUGCUGGUGAAGGUUUGCGCACUCUGGCUCUGGCCUAUAAGGACUUGGAUGAAGCUGAAUUUGCCGUUUGGAGGCGGCGCCACCAUGAGGCCAGCACUGCAAUGGAGGACCGUGAGACUAAGCUAGAUGCCAUAUAUGAGGAGAUCGAGAAGGAUCUGAUGUUGAUCGGGGCGACUGCAGUGGAGGAUAAACUGCAGGAUGGAGUUCCUCAGACCAUCGAGCAGCUCUCCAAAGCCGACAUCAAGAUCUGGGUGCUCACAGGAGACAAACAAGAGACGGCGGAGAACAUCGGCUACUCCUGCAACAUGCUGCGUGAGGAGAUGACCGAGGUGUUCGUCAUCGCCGCCGACACGCCGGAGGAGGUUCGGAAGGAGCUCGUGAACGCCAGGAAAAAGAUGGCUCCGGGUGCCUCGGACGAGCCGCCCUACGUGAAGAGCGGGAUUAUGGGUAAAAAGGCUCCGGUGUUGCUGGAUGAGAAGGUGGAUGGAGAGUAUGGACUUGUCAUAAAUGGACACAGUCUGGCGUACGGUCUGCAGAAGGACCUGCAGGUGGAGCUGUUGCGCACGGCGUGUAUGUGUCAGGCGGUGAUCUGCUGCAGGGUCACCCCGCUGCAGAAAGCUCAGGUGGUGGAACUCGUCAAGAAGCACAAGAAAGCUGUGACCCUCGCCAUCGGAGACGGAGCCAACGACGUCAGCAUGAUCAAGGCGGCUCAUAUCGGAGUGGGGAUCAGUGGGCAGGAGGGCAUGCAGGCAGUUCUAUCCAGUGAUUUCUCCUUUGCUCAGUUCCGGUACCUGCAGCGCCUCCUGCUGGUCCACGGCCGCUGGUCGUAUCUACGCAUGUGCAAGUUCCUGCGCUACUUCUUCUAUAAGAACUUCAGCUUCACCUUCGUGCACUUCUGGUACGCCUUCUUCUGCGGCUUCUCUGCUCAGACGGUGUACGAUGAGUGGUUUAUUACGCUUUAUAACCUGGUGUACACGGCCUUACCCGUCAUCGGCCUGAGCCUCUUCGAUCAGGAUGUUAACGACCGCUGGAGCCUCCAGUACCCGCAGCUGUAUGCACCGGGCCAGCAGAACAUGUACUUCAGUAUAACGGCGUUUUUUAAGAUCCUGCUGCACAGCUGCUACAGCUCGCUCGUGCUCUUCUUCCUGCCGUACGCCGCCAUGCACGACACGGUGCGCGACGACGGCAAAGACAUCGCCGACUACCAGUCGUUCGCUCUGCUCGCCCAGACCUGCCUGCUCUUCGCUGUCAACAUUCAUCUGGGUUUGGACACGUACUACUGGACGGCGGUGAAUCAGUUCUUCCUGUGGGGAAGUCUGUCUGUGUACUUUGCCGUCACAUUCACCAUGUACAGCAACGGCAUGUUCCUCAUCUUCACCUCCUCCUUCCCCUUCAUCGGCACUGCAAGGAAUUCCCUGAACCAGCCCAGUGUUUGGCUCACCAUCUUCCUCACCACCAUCCUGUGUGCGUUGCCCGUGCUGGGGUUCCGAUUCCUGCUCAACCAGCUCCGACCAACCAUUAAUGACAAGGUGCGUUACAAAAUCAGGCAAGCCAAAGCCGUGCUUCCUCCUCCCACUCGCCGGUUCCCACGGCGACGCAUCAGCACCCGUCGCUCCGGUUACGCCUUCUCACACGCUCGCGGUUAUGGCGACCUCGUGACCUCUGGCCGUUUCCUGCGCCGACCCGUGAAGAGCCGCCUGGCGCUUUACCCUUUAACGGAGUCCCCCAUAGCGGGGAGCUCUCCACAAACGUAUCGCAACAUCACGUCCUCCUAACACACCUCAUUCGACACCAGGGGGCGCGCUUGCAAACUGUUUCGCUGCACGUUAAAAAGGAGUCGCUCCGAGGCAUCGAGGGAAAUUCACGAGGAGAAAGAAAGAAACACACAGACGUUUACAAGCAACAAUCCGUAAUAUCUAACAUUUCAGGAGUGUGUCCUUUAAUAUAAAUAAUGACACGCUACGGCGGUUUAUUCCAAACAAUACGUUUUCAUAUACUUUCAUCUCUUCCGUUUAUCUAUACAGGGUUUGUUUUUUGUUUUUUUUCAUCUCAUGCUUUUUUUUUUUUAAAUGUGUAACUGAUUUCUAAUAGAUUGGACAAAUUGUCAGAGUCUACACUGUUGGAGAGUAAAGAAAAGCAAUUCAAUGUUAAAAUUGAAGAUUUUUCAGGGGAAAUGAGCAAACAACAACAACAAAAAAAACCACGUGUUGUGAGGUUGUGAAUUCAAGCUGUGGAGAGCAAUUUCACAACUCCUGAGUGGAGUGGUGCAGCAGAAAAUUCUUUAUUUGCUCUGGAGAUCAUGAGUUCGAAAUCCCUAAAGAUCCAACAGAGCCAAACUGACCGUGUUCUCUGGGUGAUCAUCAGCGAUCAUGGGUGUAUGCGUAUGUGGAAGAGCGUGGAUAGAACUUUCCUCCAGUUGUACAGUUCAGUGCAUGCUUAAUCUGAUCUGGUUUAUUUUUUUCUCCUUCAUUUCAGAGUAUACAAGAUAUCAGUAUGGCCCUGUCCUAAAUAUGCGCUUUUUUGGUUAUGCAUAGUGUGCUUGACCAGAGCAUACACUACUAACUAAAAUGCCAGUGCCAUUAAAUUUGUGAUGGUAUACCGUUCGUAUUCGUCAGUGUGAUUUUGAGAACAUGGUUUAGUCACGCACUUUGGAAGAGAACCUCAGGCACGAUUUGGGAUUAUCGUGAGAAGUGGAAGAAGACCUGCGAUGGGGCCAUUGUUUCAAAUUCUUUCAAAUUCUUUCCCACUGAAGCAACUCCAUUGUAACUUUAAACAUCUGCAAAGCCAAUGUCGAAUUUGUCUCUGAUGUAUUCAGAAUGAAAUGACGUUGAUGUUUCUUCUCAUCACGUAACAUAAGCACUUGUAAAUGUUUUGGAGUUGUUGUUGUUGUUGUUGUUGUUUUGUUUUUAUUUUUAAAUAAAAUCAGAUUUCAUUGA